AUGUGGAACCAGACCAGGGCGGGACCCGGUUCUUCAGGUACAGUAUUUGCUUUGGUUACCGAUGCUGAAACACGCAAAAGUGGAACGCUUCAUUGCUCAUCUUACUGUUUUAAGUGGUUGCAGCUCAAAAAUGUAACAAUUGAGAAGAAAGCUUUGGUUUGGAAGGAAAUGAUAAAGAAACAUUGUCCCAAGAGGGAGAAUCUGGACCCUCGAAAAUGGAUGAAACGGGAACCAAAGAAGGCUUUUGCUGAUUUAGCUCUGAACAAGCAUCCAGCAGACAAGAUGGACAACAGCUUUGACGACAAAGAGAUGUUGCUGCAAACAGAGAAGCAGUUUAUUGAAGCAGCUAAGAGCAACGACGUAGCUGCAAUGAGGACACUUGGAAAGGGUUUAAAUGCCAAUGCAAAGAAUGUGCACAAUAGGACUGCCCUUCACUAUGCAGUCGCCGGCAAAAACAAGGAAGCGGUCGAGCUGCUUCUACGGCGCAGAGUCCAAGUGGAUCAGAGGGACAAGUUUGGUGUGGCACCCAUUCAUUUAGCUGCCUGGUUUGGCAGUUUAGAGAUCCUGAAAUUAUUAGUGCGGGCUGGAGCAGAACAGAAGAUUGAGAAUGAGGAAGGACUAAACAUCCUGCACUGUGCUGCUAUCAACAAUCACACUGAAAUAGUAGAAUAUAUUGUCAAUGACCUGCAAAUGAAAGAACUGGACGUAGAUGAUAAGUCAGGCCAUUGUGCAUUUGCCAUGGCGGCAGAGCAUGGAUGCAUGCAAAUGUUAGAGAUGCUGAUGGAUCCGUGUUACAACAUGGCCACCAUGAGGACCAACAAGAGAGGAGACACGCCUCUGCAUUUAGCUACCAGGAACGGCCACUUGGACGUUGUCCAACUGCUGCUGCACAGCUUUGAUACCCGGGAUGAAGUUAAUAUGGAUGGUGAGACUGCUCUGUUCCAGGCUGCUGAGAACGCUCAAGAACAGUGUGUCCUGGCUUUGCUGAAAGCCGGCUGUGACCCCAACAUCCAAACAACGAGCAAUUACAGCGCCCUUCACCCAGCUUCAGAGAGAGGAGACACAUCUCUUGUCCGUCUCCUCUUAGAAUAUAAAGCCCACACAGAUUUUGAGAAUGAGGACUUGGAGGUUCCUCUCCACCUGGCAGUGAAAAACAGCCGCAUACCUGUCAUCCAUUUUCUACUGGAGGCAGGAUGCAACUUUAAUGUCACCAAUAAGCGGUCUCAGACAGUCAUGCAUCUUGCUGCUGAGCUAGCAAGAAUGGACGUGGUGGAAAUGCUACUGAAAGCUGAGGUUGACCUGACACUCGAGGACAGGCAGGGAAAGACGGCUCUCGGAGUGGCGGCCAGAGCAGAUGAGGUGAUCAUUGUGGACAUGAUCAUCAAGGCAGAAAGAUACAACACAUGGAAGAAGGCCAACCCAGAGUGUAAUAGGAGUGUUCGCAGCGAGUAUCCGCUAACAUUCAAACUGGACCACCGCAACGAGACCAAGCAGCUCCGCUCGAUCACCUGGCGUCUGGCCUACGAGCUCCUGAAGCCAAGAGACUGGAAGCGUCUGGCGGAACACUGGGGAUUCGCUCUGGAGCAAGUGUCCGCCAUCGAGAGGCAGUGGACGGGUCAGCACAGCUACAAAGAACAUGGCAACAGGAUGCUGCUGAUCUGGCUCCACGGAGAGGAGUUGGCCCGGAAAAGUCCUUCGAUAGAUCUCUAUCAAGCCCUUGUCCAAACAGGACAUAGCAGAGUUGCAGAUAAGAUUCGGAUGGAAUCAGAGAGUGCCAGCAGUAGGAGCUGCACAGUUUCAUGAUCGAAGAUGCGACAUUAUGUGUCAUUGCAUUACAUUGCUUUUAUGGUUAAAUCACUUUCAGGACACACUUCUAUAAAAAGACUGCUCCAAAAUAAUUUAUUUUGUAAAAAGAAAGCACCCGAUCAUAUACAAACAGGAGGCCUUUGGUUUUGAUGUACAGAAGG